AUGAACAAGCUGUUAUUGUUCCUAGUGCUAUCAGCAGUCCCAAAUACACAUCUUCUCGUGGAAGCCGGUCCAAAUUUAUCGGGUCUUACAAAGAACGUAGCUCGUCGUGGCGCAUAUUCGUUAUCGAGGUCUAUUCCAGCACUAAGCGUGUGGGAAUCCCAUCAAGGCCAAUGUUCUAGCAGAAAAUCGAUGGAGGUAGCCGUGAAGCGGAAACUGCCGGUUGAUGUAACGCAAAAAAUUGUGGAUAAAGGAGGUUUCUAUUAUGGAAUUUCCGGGGACACCUUGUCCAAAGCAUCAAAACCCUCCACCGAAAAACGACGACUAAGUCUAUCGGAUUCAAUGUACGAAGCCCUAGAGGAAUUAAAGACCAUGAGAGAGGAAAUGGAAAAGAUGAGAGCAGACAUGCAAAAGCUACGUUGGAAGAUGCUGAUGGAUGGUGAUCUAGACGGAGAUAGUGAAGAGAACAAAGAAAAACAAAUGAUACUCCAGAGAAAACGCGCAAAAGAAGCCGAGAGUCUUUCCAAAGAAAUUGAAAAGUGGGCGAAACACAUCAUGCUGGAAACAGAAGAAGAUGGCUGGAAGAACGUCGAAUGUAGCAAGAUGAUGCGCAAAUCGUUGAACCCUGAUGGCCUGACUACAGCCUCGAUCAAGUGGAUGAAGGACUCCAGAGGAAACAAAGCCGAUAAGAACGAUGGGAAUGAUUACCCAUGCAUCCGAUGUUCGUCAACGAUUGAUGCGCCGAUGGAAGAUGUUUGCACCUAUCUAGCUCAAGAGAGUGCCCUAUCGGAUUAUAACGACUUGGUCGUGGAAUACAAGGACGUCGAGGAAAUCAGUCCCAGCGCUAAGAUUUGUGCCAGUUGGACACCGCAAAUUCUGUUUAUCAAAAGGCGAGAAUUUAUUACGUUCUGUCACCACAAGUGGAAAAAAGAUGGAACUGAAGUUAUUGUUAGUCAAGCCUGGAGUCACGACGACUACCCAGAAACAAGAGAAGAGUCUAGUGGCAAAGCAUGCCGAGCCUAUGCACUUCGAGGAGCGAACAUGAUUUCGAGAGACCCAAAUGAUGCAGGUAAAACGAUAAUUACAAUGAUUUCUCACGCAAAUCCAGGUGGGAAUGUUCCCGCAUGGGCUUGUAAGACAGCUGUAAAUGCAAUGGCUCCGGUGGAACCAUUCAAAAUAUUCCAAAAGAUCAACAAGAAUGUGAAUUUGAAUCUCCCUCAAUUGCGCGAACGGCUUGAGGAAGCAGAAAUGGUAUCGUCACCAAGUGGACGAAGCUCGAGGCCAGCAGGGAUCGCCCAGUUGGGCUAUGCGUGCUUCUGGCCAAAAGGAGGAGGUUCGGUUGAAGGCGGACAAAAACCGCUAGUGGAUAGGAAUGAAGAUGGAGCUUCAGAUGGACCAUAUGAUCAAAGUGCACAAGAAGAGACAAACGAAGAAGGAGAAGGGGACUGA